AUGCCUCUCGGACAGUCGGUCGAACGUAUCUUUGAUGGGCGACCUCUGAUCGGGAUUCUACGCCGCGCACCCGAUCAGGAACACCGGAAAGAGCAGAACAGCAAACAUCUCCCGCGGAAGAUAUGGCAAAUAUUCCAGCGCCGUGUCCACUGCCUUCACCACAGCCGGAAACGGAUAGGAUGCGCGAAUCGAGCGCACGAGAGUGGUAUGGUGUGGUCCAUCUUCUCCACGCGGUGUCAACGGCGGAGCCCUGCUAGAGUACCUUCGAGUCGAGUGCAUGUCUUCCAUGGACUACGCGCAGAAUACAUAGCCGUUGUCUGGGAUGAGCUGAAUGGAUGUGUGUUCACUGGGCAGGAGACUGGAGAAGUGUAUCGGAAAGACGCGGGUAUACGUGGCAAUGAUGCUGCGGUCAAGUGGUGUAACAUUGCAAGCGAGCUCGAUUCCGAGAGGAAUACGGAAUCAACCGUCGACGAGAAACUACCUCCGGAUGAGAUCUUCGAGGGCCAAGUUCGCAACCCGGAGAACUGUCCUUCGCGGUCGCCAACCAACGCAUCCGCGCCCAAACAGCCUUGCCCAGAGCGCGACGACGUUCUGCUGCUCUCACCUCUGGCCAAAGCUACAACAUCGGUCGUCUCGAUUGACGACGUCAAGCGUCUCGCGCUCGUUCUGCUCCGGUCUAUGCGACACAAGUCCUCGACCGGUCCCUCCGACAUCGAAUUCUACACCGCAUCGCAGGCGGCACAGCGUUGCGCUCAAGGCUGGAGGCGACGGCCAUCUCAACAACCCACACUGAAUUUACUAUCCUGGAAUUCUCGCCACCUCGACCACUCGAAACCGGACGGAAGUCUCGAAAUGACAACCGUGCCCACCAGUCGCGGUAGCAGUCUAGGGAACAUCACUCGAUCCGACUUCGAGUACUACAUCAAUACCAUACCUGGCAGCCAGAUCCCAGCGGAAGAGCACGCUUCUAAACUGUUCCUUUCGCACGCAAUGCUAAGUGGUAAGCGAGCAGGAACAGCAACAAACCACGAAAAGUAUAUGGAUGCGAAAGAACAAGGAAGAGCACGUUGGAGCUGGUUUGGGUGUAUCAAUUCAAGGCGCUCAUCAAAGAGGCACCCAUCAAAAGAAAAGCACGUUGGAAAAGCUAAAGACAAAGAGUGCGCUCUGGAUGACGAAGGAGAUUACGAGACGGAGCAAUGGUAUGGACAGAUCAACAACAGCGUGAUCAUCAACUGGCAAGCUACUUGCGACCUGCGAUCUUACCUGCCUUAUCGACCGCACCAUGAUCAAUCAAUCGAGCCGAUGCGGUCGACACAUCUCUCAGCGCUCCAACAAAUCAUAGCUCAGCGGGAAGAGGUCCUGCUCAUUGGAUUGGCAUUGCGCUUAUGUUGUCGACUGGCGUGCACUCUGCACGGGAUCAUGUCCAUCUUCAAUGUCGCAUUCGUUGUCGCCCUUAUCGUCGCCGCUAUGUUCCGUCGCACAAAUCUCGUCCGUCGAACACCGAAUGUCACAUCGCUAUGGAGACAACAAAUUCCGCCGAUUCGCCAUAACCUCAACCCCGGUUCCGAGAGUCGUUACAGUGGGAGUGAUAUUGACAUGAGAUGCAAACAUCGAGCGAUGCGAGCCCGCAAAGAAUGCUCCGCCGUUGCCACACCUGCAGGGUGCCGUAAAGUCGGUGUUGCGCUGUCUCCGAACAACGACCUCCCCAAACACUACGAAACUCCAUCCGAACCUCCAUCCGACGAGAUUCCGAAGAUGGCCACCAGGACCAGCGAAGUAGCAGCGCAGGCCAAGGAGGCGCUGGAGCUGGCACAAGAGGCGAGGAGAGUCGCGAGAUUGGGGUUCGCAUGCGCUACCGCGACGUGGAUUGGGCUUGUGGCGAUGUGGUGGCUGAAGUAG